AUGCGCCCCGCACGGCAAGAGAUCGACGGGGAAAGCUCACCCGCUGAAAGCGAGCAAAGGGCCGGCACGGGCACUUUAGUUGGAUGUAAGCGCGGCGAGCGAGAGAGCGAGCGAGGAGUGGCGCGCCGCGUCUCAGCAGCAGCCGCAGAGCCAGCGGAGGAGAGCCUCGCAGGUCCCACGUGCCGUCACCUCGUUCCUGCGCACGAUUCCCCGGCGAGAACGAUGCGGCUCGUGCCACGCGCGCUGCUGCUGCUGCGGCUGCUGCAGCUGGCGGCGCUUCUCGUGCUGUCGCCGGCGCGCUGCUCGGCGCAGGAGCUGCCGUCUCGGCCCGAGCCACGACCCGGCUCGGCGCCGCCCGUGGGCCACCCCGCCCUGGACGAGCAGGAGGAGCACGCGACGGCGCUGCCGGACGGCGCGGAACUCACCGACUACCUGCUGAGAGACACGUCCAAGCGGUUCUAUCUGGUGGUGGAGGAGGACAACACCCCGCUGUGGCUGGUGCUGACACCGUGCGAUGCCUCCUUGGAGUGGACGCUCCGAGUGGAGGACCUUCCCGAGGAGGCCAGUGGUGGAGGCUCAGGCGACUCUGAGCCGUUCCGAGCCCAGCAGCCGGAGACCCGCCGCCCGGCCUCCGAGGAGCUGCACUCGUACCGCGGCAACAGCAUGGAGAGCUACGCCGUCCACUCGGCCAACUCGGGUCUCUACAUUCUCGAGGUGUUCUCCCCGGAGAGGGACACCAGCUUCAAGGUGUACGCCAGCACCGCCUCGUCUCCGGGCCUCGGGGACAGCUACCCGCAGCUGCCCGCCGACAGCCGGCUCGACGUGACUUGGGUGGGACGCAGCGCCGUCACGCUCUCCUGGAAGUCCAGCUGGACCACUGCUCUGUCGAAGGACACGGCGGUGCGCUACUGCCUCCUGGCCAACCGCGACCACAACGUCAAGAGCCUGUGCGGCGCGGAGACCAAGCUGGGAUCGGGGCCUGUUCCGCCGGUGCCGCUGGCCCGAGACCUCAACCCCUACGACUUUGCCUACCUGGGGUUCAGCACGGACUUGCUGCCGAGGGCUCCUCCGCCGCCGGCCGUGAGCCACGGGCCGAGUCGAUCAGACGUCUUCUUCACCUGCCUGGACGACAAGACGGUCUACACGGUGUCGGAGCUGAAGCCCGACACGCAGUACUACUUCGACGUCUUCGCCGUCAACCCCCGGACUAACAUGAGCGUCUCCUACAUAGGGACGUUUGUCCGAACGAAGAGCGACGGCCAGGCCGAGAAGGUCACGGAGCUGAAGGAGGGCAAAGUGACGGAGCUCACCGUGAAGCCCAGGGGCGGAGACCGGGAGGGCGGCGGAGGAGGCGCCGGCAAGAACCUGCGCUUCCGCCCGGUGUCGUCGCACCAGCACGUGCUCUUCUCGUUCCACACGUGCCAGGCCGCCAACGCCAUCCCGCUGCGCGUCGCCAUCCGCCGCGACGGGAAGCUCAUCUCCAGCGUGUCGCUGCCGGCCGGAGGGCUGCGCCACCUGCGCGUGAGAGGGAGGCCCAAGGCCACGUACACCGUCCGCGUCAGCGGCAACGAGGGCGCGCGCGACGGGAGCCACCGGCGGCGGCACCCGCGGCACCAGCGGCAGCAGCGGCGGCGUCAGCAGCAGCAUCAGCCGCCGCCGCCGCUGGUGGCCGCGACCCUGCGAGUGUCGGCGACGUCCCGUCCCGGCAAGCAGCCGUUCCCCGAGCUCCCGGACGACACGCGCAUCAAGGUGUUCGAGCGCCUGCGCGCCUGCAAUGCGGUGACGGUGGCCUGGCUGUGCGUGCCCGAGCGCCAGAAGUACUGCCUGUACAAGCGGCCCGUGGGCGCGGCGCCGAAAGGCGGCGGCGGUGGCGCGGCGGCGUCUCCGCCGCUGGGCGCGUGCUUCGGGCCCGAGAGCCGCAAGAAGUCGGAGAAGGUGCUGUGCAAGGAGUUCAGCAGCGCCGACCCUCGGCGCGCCGUGCUGGCGCAAACCGUCCGCGGCUUGGAGCCCGGCCGGGCCUACGUGCUCGACGUGUACGCCGUGGCGCCCGGCGGGGAGGCGGCGCGCUACCAGAGCAGGAUGGUGACGACGCGCUCGCGCUGCUGAGCGCGCCGCCGGUCCCGCGAGCGGCGGGGAGCGGCGGCGGAGGUCACACGACGAUCGCGCGGCAGACGAGACUUGCCCGGCCCUGGAUGAGACGUUGUUUGAAUGGGAGCGUCCCCCGACCUCCUGGGGGGGAUCAUUGUGUAGGGAGCGAACGCAAAUAGGGAGCCGCUGAUCAAAACAACAACAACAAACGUGUGUUGCGGUGUGAAUAUUCGCGCGCAAACGCUUGCAUCCGUCGGUGUACUAACACGCGUUUGCUGAGAAGAGAAAUGAGAGGGGAUGCUGGUCGCUCGCCUUCGUGUGCUUUGCCUGGACUGCUUCUCCACGGCAGAGCGUCAGAAUGUCUCGCUAAACCACGCGCGCGUGACCAGGAGAUCCUUGCAUGUAGCCGCACGGCAGCCAUUUGUACUUUACGCAACAACGUUUUUACGGACUAAAAUGUAUCCCGUCUCAACAGAACGUUAUACGGUUCUGACGUUAGAUAACUGAUGUUUAAUUAAAAAAAUAAUGUCCCAAUUAUAGCACGUAACCGAGCGUCGAUAUGAGUAAAAAUGCCCUUUUUCAUUUUCGCGGUGAGUUUAAUGAGAUUCGCAACGAUGUUUCUAAAAUACAGCAGCCCGUGUGAUGCCCUACGUCCGGAUUAUUCUUUAAUUUAAAUUGUUUAUAUUGAAUCUACUAUUAGAAGACAUAUUUUUCUUUCUUAAAACCUUUUUCCCCUUUAGGUAAAAUCGUGAGAAAGUUAUAUUAUUAAUUACUAUCUUAUGUAACUAUAAUGUUUUUUUUUGCUUUUAAACUUGAAUAUUAUUUUUUCUGCCUAAAUAAUGUUGUAAGUUAUUGAAAUCACAGUAUUUGAGCGUCUUACUGCUUAUAAUGAAACCUUGUACUAAAAAUAUAUUUGCAUAUUUUUUGUUUGUUUUUUGGGAAUAUACAGUACGUGUAAAUAUUUACAAAAUCGGUUAUAUUGUGUUAUAUUCAUGUUGUACGACAGUGUUGAAAUAUAGUUACGUUCGACCCCAAUAAAGUUAAUCUAAACAUU